CAUCCAUCUUUGAAAUAGUUCACAAUUGAUUUCUCGUUAUUCACUGAUACAUUUGUGCCUUCCGGAAAGCAUAUUGAAAACGCGCCAAAAUGUCAUAUCGAAUGCCCGAUCGCACGGGUUCGAAGCGAAGUCGGUCUCGAUCGCCCUCCUCUCGCCAUUCCCAAAAAGCCCCGCGCAGAUAUGACGAAACGGAUCGAUAUCGCGAUAGGAGGGAUGGAGAUGAGCGGUCGUCACAAAAUCGACCUCGGAACAUGAGGGAUCAGGUCCGGCUCAACCAGCUUCAGGAAGACGAGCAAGUGCGUGAAUGGGUGGCGCAAGAGGACAUUUUCGUUCUCAAGCAGGCGAAAAAGAAGGCAGAGAUCAGAGUGAAGGAAGGUCGAGCAAAGCCGAUUGACUGGCUCACUGUCACAUUACGGGUGAUUGAUCCAACGAGGAACCCCCUUGACGAUGAGAUUGCGGACUCGGAGCUCGAUGUAGUAGAUCCGGAUGGUGUAUUUGAGGGACUAUCCCCCGACCAGCUACUCGACUUGGAAAAGGAUAUCGAAACAUUUUUAAGUCUUGAGAAGAAUUCGCAAAAUAGGGAUUUCUGGAAGACCAUGAAAGUGAUUUGUCGAGACCGUCAGAAGACCACCGCCCCCGAAGGACGUGCACUUAGCUCUGUGUCUGCAGAUAUAAACAGAUUAUUGAGCCCUAAGUCUUACGAACAGCUACAAACACUUGAGAUACAGGUCAGGAAAAAGCUGGACUCAAACGAGCCUAUCGAUACCGACUACUGGGAGGAGCUUUUGCGCAGCCUUACUGUUUGGAAGGCUCGGGCGAAGCUGAAGAAGGUCUACCAAGCCGUUAUAGACGAGAGAGUUCGAGGAUUGCGUAAACAGCAGUCUGAAGAAGCUGCGUCUGUGCAGGCGAAGCUGGCCCCUCUGGCGCCUAUUAUCCAAGCAGCCUCAGAUGCGGUCGAUAGCGGAGAAUAUCGUGAACUCGACCCUGACCCAUUGCUUCAGAUCCGACCGGAAGAUAAGGUCUUGGAGAUAGUGGACGAAGAUGCAUUCCUUAACCAAGUGGCCCGCGACCGACAGAAGAUUUUGAAGAUGGGAUAUGUUCCUCUCCGUCAACGGCAGGCGGAAAAGCCAUCGGUGCUUCCCAUAAAUCAAGCAACGACCGCUCCAAUUGCCACAGCCUCGACGCGAUUCUCUUCGAUUCCUAACGAAGACUUCUCGCAGGCAACCAAGGCGCUCUAUGAGCGAGAGUUGGCCAAGGGAGUCAGUGAAAACGAGGAGAUAUUUACCGGUGAGGAAGCUGUGAGCACAACUUCUCAGCCAGGAUGGGCGAGCAAACACCGGCCCCGCAAACCACGCUACUUUAACCGUGUUCAAAUGGGUUAUGAGUGGAACAAAUACAAUCAGACUCAUUAUGACCAUGAUAACCCGCCCCCGAAAGUUGUGCAAGGGUACAAGUUCAAUAUUUUCUACCCUGAUUUGAUCGACAAGACAAAAGCACCGACCUACCGCAUCGAACGAGAGCAUGGACGAAAGCGGGGACAAUCCUUUGCAGCGGCUGGGGAGGAGGAUACUUGUUUAAUUCGCUUUAUGGCCGGUCCGCCGUACGAGGACAUUGCCUUUCGGAUCGUCGAUAAGGAAUGGGAUUACAGUGCAAAGAGGGAAAGAGGGUUCAAGAGCACAUUUGAUAAGGGAAUUUUGCAACUACACUUCCAAUUCAAACGAAUUUAUUACCGGAAGUAACGGUUGUUGCUCGAAGGAUUCGUACUGGACCACAAUGAUGUACAGUGUUGUUGGAUGGGAUGGGACUGACGAUCUUGAAGGUUCCACCACGCUCGGGAUCCGUCGUCGGUCACCGUCCCGCCUACCGCAAAGGCCAAUUCUAUUGGGCUGGAAACUUUAACCUCCUCCUACGGCAUUGGAUCCCAUCUCGGCCAAGCUAGGAUAUAUCAUAUUGACAUGAAACCAACGUUAUCGGACGUCGCAGAUCCAAGUUUCCACAUGUGCGUAGCGGGCCAUGCUUAUUUGAACCGCAUUCCCUCAUCUUUCGCCCAUUGUUCCUUGCGAUCUCUAAUUAUCCCGCUCCGUGGGACUCACCACCUUUCCCAACUUUUCCAAUGAGUAGUCUCGACAUCUGGGGACUGUCGACCGGCCGAUCAAAUGGACCUAAAUGCUAUAAAUCUUUAAUUUUAUUUCUAAAUAGCCUGGUCUGGCUUGAUUCGCAUUGCCUCC